CCUCUCUGCCAUACCCAGCGCUCUUUCCGCAAACACGCAUCCUGCUCAACCGAGCAUCGGGCACACUUGUGCUCUGAGAAAAACUAGUCUAUACAAAAUUUAUAUAACGUCUCGUUAUAAACAGGUAUCGAAUCGACGCGCCUUGCCUCACUCUUUCUGGUCUCGUUCUCUACUUUGAAAGCCAAAUGGAAGACGAAGGAGGAGAGAGAUCGAGCUUCAUAACCGGUCUUAUCGAAAAUAGAGCUAAAGAGGUAGGGGUGGCUGCUUUUGACUUGAGGUCGGCUACCCUGCAUCUUUCUCAGUAUAUUGAAACCAGUAGCUCAUAUCAGAAUACAAAAACUUUGCUGCAUUUUUAUGACCCCAUGGUGAUCAUCGUUUCUCCAAACAAACUGGCACCUGACGGUAUGGUUGGAGUAUCAGAACUGGUGGAUAGAUUUUAUGCUUCAGUCAGGAAGGUUGUUAUGGCUCGUGGUUGCUUUGAUGAUACUAAGGGUGCUGUGCUGGUUAAAAGUUUAGCAGCCAAGGAGCCCUCAGCACUUGGUUUAGAUACCUAUUACAAGCAGUAUUAUCUCUGCCUGGCUGCUGCUGCAGCUACUAUAAAGUGGAUAGAAGCAGAGAAAGGGGUCAUUGUUACAAACCACUCGCUAUUGGUAACUUUUAAUGGAUCAUUUGACCACAUGAAUAUCGAUGCCACUAGUGUCCAGAAUCUGGAAAUUGUUGAGCCACUUCAUUUUGCCCUUUGGGGCACAAGCAACAAGAAAAGAAGUCUGUUCCAUAUGCUCAAGACAACAAAAACUAUUGGAGGGACUAGACUACUUCGUGCCAAUCUUUUACAGCCUUUAAAGGAUAUCGAAACUAUCAACACUCGUCUAGACUGUCUGGAUGAGUUGAUGAGCAAUGAACAACUAUUCUUUGGACUCUCUCAGGUUCUCCGUAAGUUUCCGAAAGAGACAGAUAGGGUACUUUGUCAUUUCUGCUUCAAACAGAAGAAAGUUACAAGUAAGAUCACGGAUGUUGUGAAUGCUAGAACGAGCCAAAUACUGAUAUCAAGCAUUAUUCUACUUAAAACAGCUUUGGAUGCCUUGCCUUUACUUACAAAGGUGCUUAAGGAUGCAAAAAGUUUUCUUCUGGCAAACAUAUACAAGUCUGUCUGUGAAAAUGAAAAAUAUUCUUCCAUCAGAAAGAGAAUUGGAGAGGUAAUUGAUGAAGAUGUGCUUCAUGCACGGGUUCCUUUCGUUGCUCGCACACAGCAGUGUUUUGCUGUUAAGGCUGGAAUUGAUGGUCUUCUAGAUAUUGCACGGAGAUCAUUUUGUGAUACGAGUGAAGCUAUACAUAAUCUGGCAAACAAGUAUCGUGAAGAACUAAAGCUGCCAAAUUUGAAGCUACCCUUUAACAAUAGACAGGGCUUUUACUUUAGCAUUCCACAAAAAGACAUUCAAGGAAAGCUUCCAAGCAAGUGCAUUCAGGUCGUGAAACAUGGGAACAAUAUACAUUGCUCAACUUUAGAACUGGCUUCUCUGAAUGUCAGAAAUAAGUCUGCGGCUGGGGAGUGCUAUAUACGAACUGAAGUUUGCCUGGAAGCAUUGGUAGACUCAAUAAGGAGAUGUCUCUGUGCUCACAUGCUUGCAGAGGUCUUGUGCCUGUUAGAUAUGAUGUUUUCAUUUGCUCAUACAAUCAACUAAGCCUGUGACAGAUAUACUAGACCAAAUUUACUGGUUAAGAAUGGCCCAAUUGCAAUCGAUUGAAGACAUCCUAUCCUAGAGAGCAUACUAAUGACUUUGUUGUACUUGAUCAUUGCUUCCUUUGUAGGCCAACAAUAUCUUUGUUACGAAGCAUCAAACAUGUUGAUUGUCAUGGGCCCAAACAUGAGUGGAAAGAGCACUUAUCUUCAACAAAUCUGUCUCAUAAUUAUUCUUGCACAGAUAGGUUGUUAUGUUCCUGCUAAUUUCUCAACUAUAAGGGUUGUUGAUCGUAUAUUUACAAGGAUGGGUACAAUGGAUAAUCUCGAAUCCAACUCUAGUACAUUCAUGACAGAGAUGAAAGAGACAGCAUUUAUCAUGCAGAAUGUCUCCCAAAGGAGUCUGAUAGUGAUGGAUGAACUCGGGAGGGCUACUUCUUCUUCUGAUGGAUUUGCAAUUGCAUGGAGCUGCUGUGAGCACCUCCUAUCACUGAAAGCGUACACAAUAUUCGCCACACAUAUGGAGAAUCUGUCACAAUUAACAACCAUCUAUCCAAAUGUGAAAAUUGUUCACUUCUAUGUUGAUAUAAGAAACAGCCGUUUAGAUUUCAAGUUUCAACUCACUGAUGGGCAAAGACAUGUCGCACACUAUGGCCUUCUACUAGCCGAAGUGGCAGGACUACCAAGCUCGGUGGUCGAAACAGCAAAAAGUAUCACAGCAAGGAUCACUGCCAAGGAGGUACAGCGAAUGGAAGUAAACUGUACGCAGUAUACUCAGCUCCAGAUAGCUUACCACGUUGCCCAACGGCUACUAUGCUUAAAAUACUCCAGCCAAGAUGAGGAUUCAGUUCGACAAGCAUUACAGAGUCUUAAAGAGAGUUACAUUGAUAGAAGGCUAUGAAGUUGACCACUCAAAUGCUCCAAUAAUGCCUCAACAGGAAGAGAUGUUUCUCAUUGAAACGCUGAAAUACUCUCCAACGGUUUUGUAGACAGAUCUGAAGUGGAAGUUAAGAGAUAUAAAAGUGAAUGAGAAAUCCACUUGUUAUUA